CGGUAACAUUUACGUCACCAGCCGGAAACGGUAUUAAUUUCCGUCUUAAACGACAGUCUUUGUUUAGCAGUUUUCGAAAGAUUUUAUCAGUCAACGGUUGAGCCAAUUGGAACCAUACUCUUAACAUCUUACAAAAUAAUUUACAAAAUAAAAUAUUUAGAAAUUAGAAGCAAAGUGCCAAAGUCUACGAAGCGGGGCACUGUCAUAUCACUUCUAGCUGCGAGUUCAUGACAAUGCAGAAUUUGGGCAUUGCUGAAACGGCAAAAACGUGGCUACUCAAGUUUUAUCUCUUCCCAUUUGAAACGUGUCGAGGUUGGGACAAACCUCAAUGCUCCUGUCCUUUACAUGAGGAGGUCACUAGAUUGUAGUUGCUGAAAUUGAUAGUAUCUUACUUUUUAUAUCUUCUCAUAAUGUCAUUAGAUAAGGUCAUGAUUACUGAAGAUUGAUGAGAGGAUGAAAGGGAUUACUAAUCUUCAACAAGACGCUGCUAUGCUACUCUUGAGACAAGCCAAAUCUUCCGUCGACACAAAAGAAAAGAAAAGAAAAGAAGGAUUUUGUUUCUUUGGACCGUUAAAGAUUUGGGAGGAACUGAAAAGAAGCUGAGGCGGCCACCGUUCAUGAUGCUUGUAAACCACUCUGCUAAAACUUUGCUUUCUUUAUAGGCCACAGUCCAAACCAUACAUCUCUGACUGCCUUCCUGAACAGGUCCAAAACUACGUAACACCUAGCUGCACCUGUUAAGAACUUCAAAAUCUUAUUGCCAAAUGGAAAUGCUGCCACCCAUGAUUCCGCCUUAUCACUCUCGUUUGCCCAUACUUCCUUCCCUUUGAACUCAGCUCCCUUCUGUUUACUGUAAUGCCUUCCAAUGGUCAUUAUUCUCUUCUUGUCUCUCACUCUUUCUCUCUUACAAAGACUUUCACUAAUUAACAUGUAAAAAAGAGUCCGGAAACACAGUCUGUGGGCCUCAUACACAAGCGGGUUCUUCAAAGCAAAGGUUACUCCUUCGCAUUUGAGCAUUUUGUCCCUUCUUUCAUUUCUACUCUAGACGCCAGCAACGAUGAGAAAUUGGGUUCUUGUGGCUCUCGUUUUCGCGGUUCUUUUCGGUGGAUUUUCUUCCGCCUCAGCCACACAUCCAGCGAAAAUUGUAAGUGGUGUUGUCUCCAAUGUGAUCUCUGCACUCGUUAAGUGGCUAUGGUCACAGAAGUUCAUGAAGAAGACAGAUGCAGCGGUUUCUAAUCGUCCCAUGAUGAAAUUUGAGGGUGGAUAUACGGUGGAGACGGUAUUCGAUGGAAGUAAACUUGGAAUUGAACCAUACUCAGUUGAGACGUCUCCAAGUGGGGAGCUUCUGCUUUUGGAUUCUGAAAACAGUAAUAUCUACAAGAUUUCAACCCCACUGUCUCGUUAUGGCAGGCCCAAGCUGGUUGCUGGAUCUUCUGAAGGUUAUUCUGGGCACAUAGAUGGGAAGCCAAGAGAGGCAAGAAUGAACCACCCGAAAGGGCUUACUGUGGAUGACAGAGGAAACAUUUACAUUGCUGAUACAAAGAAUAUGGCAAUUAGGAAGAUCACUGAUUCAGGGGUUACAACCAUUGCUGGUGGAGCAUGGGGCCGAGGAGCUGGUCACGUUGAUGGUCCAAGUGAAGAUGCGAAGUUUUCAAACGAUUUUGAUCUUGUUUAUAUUAGAGCAAGCUGCUCACUUUUGGUUAUAGACAGAGGAAACCAGGCAAUUCGAGAGAUUCAACUAAAUGAUGAAGAUUGUUCUUCCCAGUAUGAUAACAGUUUCCAUUUAGGGAUAGCCGUGCUUGUUGCUGCAGGACUUUUGGGUUACAUGUUGGCAUUGAUGCUGCGAAGGUUGCGAGCAAUGUUUUCUUCCAAAGAUGAGUCAAGAUCUCCCAUAAAGAAAGUUUCACGAGUGGCAUCGUAUCAGAGGCCUCCUGAAUCAGUCAGGCCCCCCUUGAUCCCACCUGAGGAUGAACCUGAGAGACCAGAAGAGGGAUUCUUUGUUUCAAUGGGGAAGCUUGUCCUCAACACUGGCUCAUCCUUAGCUGAGAUAUUUGGGGGAUUAUUUUCAGGCUCAAGAAGAAAGCCCCUCCUCUAUCAUCAACACUACCAACAACUGAAUGAACAUUCAAGGGCAUGGCCCAUGCAAGAGAGCUUUGUGAUACCAGAUGAGGAUGAACCACCAUCAAUAGAAACUAGACCACCUACGCCGAAAAAGGCCUACCCUUUUAUAAACAAGGACCUGGAGACGAGCCACCAUACCAAGCAAAGUCAAGCUUACCAUAAUGGAUGGGAUGGUGAUUACCGCCAACAACAGCUUUACAGGCAGGAUCAGCAACAACAGCAUCACAUGCAGCAUCAGCAACAACAGCAGCAUGGGCUGCAUCAGCAACAUCACAGGCAUUUCUCAACAAGCCCACAAACUUACCCUGAAAAGAGAUGCAAAACGAAUGAUAUUGUCUUUGGGGCAGUUCAACAGGCUGGACAGCGAGGGGCGGUAGUUAUAAAGGCUGUUGACUAUGGAGAUCCCAUCUAUAAUCACCGUAAUAUUCGACCCCGACUCAAUUAUACAAGUUACCCUCAUUGAUAUCCAUCAUCACUGCUACACGUUAGCAAAAGGGAUCAUUGUAAACUUUACAAUGAUAAUAUAUACAUAUAUUCAUAUAUAUAUAUAUAUAUAUAUCUGAUGUAAGAGGUAUUCCUGCUGGCUGCUGGUUGUUUUUUAUUUUCAUUUACUCAGGCGUAAUGUACUAAUGUUGGGUUUCCAAAGUACCAUCUUAAUUGGUAAAAGGAAGUAUAAGGAUGUAGUAUACGACUAAACUGCAUUGUACUUUCUUAUUACUGGAAACCUAGAGAAUCAUAUUAAUGCAA